AUGGCAAACGGCUGGAGCAUUCUCAUAGGCCUGGUUAUCAUCGUCGCUCUCUCGACAGCAGCGUGGUUCCUAAGCCCGAAGGGCGAUAACCAAACUCUCUUCCGUAGCACGCUCAUCCUUACCUUCGUUUCCUGUUACUUGAUGUGGGCCAUUGUUUUCCUCGCACAGUGGCAUCCCCUCAUCGCGCCGAAGCGGUCAGACAUUAGACCUGAUCGUGUACCGCAAUAG